ACACACGACGACAAAAAGCACACAUCACACGUCAAGCUUCAUUGGCAAUAAUAAUUACUAAAUCAAGUAGCUGCUGAGAAAAGAGCAGUAUCUGAAAACAGAAAUACGAAUAUCAUUCGACUGAGCUCCACUGUGUUCUGUAGUUCUUUUUUGUGUUUUAUUAUGGAUAAAAGUGAGGAGAAUUUCCAGUUGGACUUUUUGAGUUUCUUGGAGAGCUCGCAACGUCUGACCCAGUGGCGGCCCACCGGCGGGCCAGAGCUCAUGUACAUUGCGCUGUCGAACGAGAGCUGCGACCUGGACUCCGUGGUGAGCACGCUGGCCAUUGCCUUUUUGCGCUAUCGCAAUCCGGGCACACUGCUUCACAACUGUAUGCCCGUAUUGAACAUGAUGCGACGCGAUUAUGCCAGCAAAACGGAGGUGCGCUUCCUGCUGGAGAAGCAGACCAUCACACCGGAUCGCCAUCUGGUCUUUCGCGACGAUGUGCCCGAGGAGCUGCUGCUGCGCAGCCGUUUCAUUUUGGUAAACCAUCAUGUGAGCCCGUUUCACUACUGCACCGAGGAGGUCUACGACUACCGGCCCUACCAGUGCGAGGCAGCCCGCCUGCCCAUCUACUGUCAGCGCAUCAUGCACCCGAUGCGCUCCUGCGCCGCCCUGAUAAUCGAGCGCUACGACAGCCCCAUCUAUAACUAUACGAAAGUGCGCUGCCUGCGCGUCUUCGAGCUGCUGCAUGCCGCGCUGCUGCUGCAGAACUGCAACUUUGUGAUGGAUCCGAUCGAUCAGCUGCACACAGUGCGCGACUUCCAGCUGCUGCUGUAUCUGGAGAAGCAGCUGGGCCAGCUGGAUAUGGCGCAGCGAACGCAGCUCUACGACACCCUGGUCAAUGCCAUGUUCGAUCUGAACGAGCUGACGCUGCCGCAGAUCUUGCGGCGCGAGUUCAAGCUGCUGAGCGCCAACAAUGGCCUCCACCUGGUACGCAUCGCCCAGUGCUGCUUCCCCAUGGCCGUCACCCGUUUCAUCUCGUUCGAGUUCGCCCAGCUGGCCCUGCAGCAGUUCGCCGCGGAGCACAGCUGCGACUUCAUCAUGCUGCUCGGCACCAGCGUGCAGCCGGUUGGCGGCUUGGUGGUGAAGGAGCUCGGCCUGAUACCGAUGGACUCGCUGCGCGAUGUGGAGGACAGGCGGCUGUUCGACCACAUGAUUAUCAAUCUGAAUGCCUCGAUCGAGCCGAUGCUGGCGCUGGAGCCGUAUCGCGGCCUCAACUUCAUGCAGGGCGCGUUCUUCUUCAUCAAUGUGUGGAACGUGCAGUUCCCGGAUGUGGUGCAGCUCGUCCAGCGCAUCGUCUUCAAUUGGGUGGCCACGGACAAGACCUUGCCCGUCUAACCGGUCAUUACAUCUCCCCAAUCCUCUACUUCAUUAUCGUUUAUAUUCUGACACUGCCUGUGCCUCCGCCUUUCCCCUUGCCGUUGCUGUUGUCGUUGCCACAGUUACUCAUAUUACACAUCUAAUCCAUCAACACGGACUCAGUUAAGACCACUUCUUGGAUACUUUUACACGCCAGCCGAGAGCAGCUAAAGCUUAAGCUCAAGUUGAGGCUGAGACUGACUUCCUUCACCCGAAACUUUUCUCUCGUCGGAUUUCCACUUGAGCUGACGCGACGCAGGCCUUAUGAACCCAAACCCCGGAAAUGUUUCCUUUCUUACUUUUUUUUUUUUGUUUUUGUAUCUGUAUUAUUUUAUUUUGGCUAAUGCUUUAUAUUCUGGAUCUGGAUGUUUGAACUUGGGCCAACCUGGGAAGUUGAUUUCAAUAAAUGCAAAAAGUCCUCUGCUCCCGAUUUGCGACAUCAAAUCUCUUUGAC